AUGAGGCGAGUGGGAGCGAGAGAUUAUUCAAAUGAGUCGAUAGUAAAAUCAAAUGUACGUGGGGUGGGGGAGGGGGGAAAUUCUCGACGAUUGCGGCUAGUGUUUUCGGAGGAAUUCAACUGGCCAGGUACGAAAACAGCGAGCGGCAGGCGGAGGCGAAGCCUCCCGCCCCACAGACAAGGACAUCUCGAUUUAGAUUACUUGGAGCGUCAAAUUGGUGAUACAAUAGCAAGUGAAAAUGUCGAUAACGGUUCCAAGGAUCAGGACGGCCCAGGAGACAGUGUUGAUCGGGUCAAAGUGGUUUUUCUCGGUGCUCCGGGCGUUGGAAAGUCCAGUAUCAUACGUCAAUUUGUUUGCAGCGAAUUUUUCGAUACGCAUCGACCCACCGAGAGACGGGAGACGUUUUAUCCCAGCGUUGUCUUGUCUGAUCGUCUCUACGAGAUGAAAAUAACUGAUCUACCCACCAUACCCUAUUUCCCAGUCAGCACGCAUCUAGAGUGGACUGACUUUCGUUAUUAUGGACUCAGGAGUGCCUCCGCAUACGUUCUCGUAUUUGAUCUCAGUAAUCAAGACACUUUUCAGUACAUAAGAACCCUGCGGGAGCAAAUAUACGAGGCCAGAGACAUGCGAGGUGUACCCCUCCUGGUCGUGGGAAAUAAGCAGGAUAAACUGUCAGCUGUGGUGGCAUCGAGUACACGAUAUCGAGACAUUGUUAAUCUAGUGAGAAAGCACUGGAGAUGCGGUUACGUCGAGUGCAGUGCUCGAUUCAACUGUCGAGUUGUACAGGUAUUCCGCGAACUGAUGAAGAGCAUUCAGGCAUCGGAAGGGAAAAAAAAUUCGCCAGUGCCGACACCAUCGUUGCCCCACCGAUCAAAUCCACGUGCUAGUAACGACAAGUGUGUACUUCUCUGACAAAAAAAUCGAGUAACCGAAGACGAAAAUACACUCGACAAUUUUCACUAUCGAAAACACUCGUCAACUUCCUAACAAAUUGAACGACACAAUUGACUCCCUUUUUUUUAGAAUUUUUUCAUCGAAUCCUCUCUGAUUGUUACGAUAGUACCAAUGGGGACUGUCCCAGCUCAAGCGAUAAUACAUAUAUUUUACUAUGUGACUGUUGUGAUGAAUUCGUUUCUAGAUACUAACAUCGAUAUUGGGUAAAUGAGUUGAUAAAAAAACGUGUAUAGUCUCGAAAUUUAGAGGAAUUUUGCACACUUCACGUGCAGAUGUGUAAAAUAUACGAAAAUGGAAUUCUGUAGACUUGAUAAAAGGGCAAUAAGAUGAAUCCGUCAUUUUAAUUUGAAUAAAUAAACUAUUUCGUAAAUCAAAACUGCCUUGGAAUAUAAAAAUUUUUACAACUUAUUAUUGUACCAUGAUUUUUGACGUUAUGGUUGGAGCGUUGUGCAUAAUUAUUGUAUAUGAUUGAUUGUAUCUAGUGGUUGAAAAUAAUGAAACGAAAUUUCAUUAAUUAUAAAAACUGUAAAUAAAUGAAAAAUCAUGUUACGUUGUUGACUCAAUAAAAGAAGAAGGAGGAAGUGU